UUAGUUGGUCAUUUACUAAUUAACCACUCGUUUAAGACGUCGCGUUUAAAAUGUCUUUGAUAAUAGUCUUCCUAGUGGUAUUUUGCAUAACGUUUUAUUUUUAUAGAAGCAAAAAUGUUUCUUACUGGAGCAAAAAGGGCAUCCCUACUGCACCGGGAUGCAACUGGUUCUUCGGAAAUUACAAACCAAUUUUGUUUACGGAAAAGCAUAUCUCCACACUUUACACUGAUAUGUAUCGGUUAUACCCCGAAGCUCCGGUGGUCGGGUUCGUGAAGAUGAGCACUCCAGGCCUCCUGAUACGUGACCCUGAUCUGAUCAAAGCUGUCCUAUCUACUGACUUCAAUAGCUUUGGCAAAAAUGAGUUUAAGAUCGAUAAGAAAGUGGAUAAACUAUUCGGUUAUCAUCCUUUCGUACUGUCAGGUGAAGAAUGGAAGACAUCGCGUGCCCAUUCAACGCCAUCCCUCUCUUAUUCUAAAUUGAAAAACUAUUAUCCCGUAUUGUUACACGUUGGCGAUGAAUUAAUCAAAUACCUCAAUAAAGAGUGUCAAGAAACCAGCGGCAGCGGAGGAGUCAUUGAGCUGGAAACAAAAGAUUUAGGCAGCAUGUUCACCACGGAUACGAUAUCAAAUGCAAUCUACGGUAUCGAGAACAACACUUUUUUGGAUAGAAACUCGCUUUUUGCCCAACUCGCAAAGGAAGUGUUUAGUGGUAACUUCUUUGAUAAUAUGCGUACGAUGGUCAACGCUCUGUUCCCUGAGAUAUGCUCGAUUAUAGGUGUGAGAUUUGCAUCGAAAAGAAGUGAAGCAGUUCUUUUAUCGCUCACAAAGAAAAUGAUGAAGGAACGGGAGGAAAGUACAGGAGAAACAAGGAAUGAUAUAUUUCAGCAAAUGUUAACAUUCAGGCAAAACGGAAAAGCUGACAUUUUUACUGACGAGUACAUAGCCAGUCAUUUGUAUGCUUACUUGUUGGAUGGCUACGAAACAUCGAGUAUUCUGAUUUGCUACGCUUUGUACGAGUUAGCAUGGCAUAUUGAAGUCCAAGACAAACUGAGAGCUGAAGUUCAGGGAAUGAUAUCAAGAACCAACGGUGACUAUACAGCUGAGGAUGUGGAAGGUCUUAAAUAUUUGAAUAUGGUGGUGUGCGAAACAUUGCGACUUAAUGUUCCGUUACCCGUAAUGUCUAAGGAAUGCACUUCGGACUACACUGUGUCUGACCUACCAGGCCUGGACAAACCACUUGAGAUCAAGAACGGAACAUUCAUCAUAAUACCAGUAGACGGGCUUCACACUGACGAAAAAUAUUUUCCCUCUCCUCUUAAGUUCGACCCUGAAAGGUUUACUGAUGAUGAAGUGGCUAAAAGACACAAGUUUGUAUAUUUGCCUUUUGGAGAAGGACCUAGAAAGUGCCUCGGUCAACGGUUUGGGCUACUGCAAAGCAAAAUAGCGAUCAUUAAAAUAGUUGCUAACUUCCAUAUCACCCCGAGUGCUAAAUCAAAAUACCCAACUAAGGUGGACCCAGCUGUAUUCCUGCUGAGGAGGCCGGAAGGCGGAGCGUGGGUCAACAUGACACCAUUUAAAUGAUUUUAAAUUAAUUCUACUACUCGACUAUUUUAACUGUUAACUGCUUACCUACCUAGAAUAGAAGCGACUUAACCAGAGGUAGAAAGACACCUAUUAUUAAUAUUUGGGUAACUAUUAACGACUUCCAAAAUGUUGUAAUUUUGAAGUUAGGUCCUUUUUGUUCUAGGGGUGAUGUUAUAAAUUAUUGUGUAAAUUAUAUAGGUAAUCAUAAUAUUCUCCAAAGUCAUAAUAUAUUGUUUGCAAUAAAGUAUCUGGCUACGUGGCAAUGCUUA